AGGGAGUGACGCAGCGUGCCCGGUGUCCGCCUGCGCUCUGUGCUGGGAGACAGGGAGCCGCGGGAUCGGAGAGCUACGGACUGCGGUUCAGAAUGUCUGAUGACUGCUUAUGAUACGAUCAUUCCCCAAAAUUGAGUGUUUUUCUACCCUCUCUGAUUCAAGGUGACAGCCUUUCACGUUGCAUAAAUCUUGGUUCACAAUUGGACCUGAAGUUUUUCAACCGAAGCAUACCGUUGCCUUCUGGCUGUGGAUUUCUGCGGCAAAACGGCUGUGAAAUCUUCUGCAAUCAUGCCAGCUCUAUCGACAGGUGGAAGUGACACAGGUCUGUAUGAGCUUUUGGCUACGCUACCAUCCCAGCUGCAGCCACACGUGGACAGCCAGGAAGACCUUGCCUUCCUAUGGGAUAUGUUUGGUGAAAAAAGUCUCCACUCACUGGUGAAGAUACACGAAAAGUUACAUUAUUACGAGAAGGAGAAUCCCUUACCAAUAAUUCAAAGUGCUACAGCCCUGGCUGAAGAUCUGGCUGAAGAACUCCAGGGCAAACCACCGAACAACGAGAUCAGAGAAUUGCUGAAACUACUGUCAAAGCCCAAUCUGAAGGCUCUCCUUUCGGUUCAUGACACCGUGGCUCAGAAGAGUUAUGACCCCGUGCUUCCUCCUAUGCCAGAUGACAUUGAUGAUGAUGAAGAUUCUGUGAAAAUUAUCAGACUAGUUAAAAACCGGGAACCACUGGGAGCAACGAUAAAAAAAGAUGAGGCCAGUGGGGCGAUUGUUGUUGCCAGGAUAAUGCGAGGUGGAGCAGCCGACAGAAGUGGUCUAAUCCAUGUUGGUGAUGAGCUAAGGGAAGUUAACGGAAUUACUGUAGAAGAUAAGAAACCCGAGGAGAUUAUACAUAUACUGGCAAAGUCACAAGGUGCAAUUACAUUUAAAGUCAUACCUAGUAUCAAAGAGGAAGUGCCAAACAAUGACGGCAAGAUGUUUGUUAAAGCCCUCUUUGACUACUAUCCUAAUGAGGAUAAAGCCAUUCCUUGUAAAGAAGCCGGACUUUCUUUCAGAAAGGGAGAUAUCCUUCAGAUCAUGAGCCAGGAUGAUGCAACUUGGUGGCAAGCCAAGCACGAAGGCGAUGCCAAUCCAAGAGCAGGCCUGAUCCCAUCAAAGCAAUUCCAGGAGAGGAGAUUUGCUCUAAGGAAGCCCGUAGCAGAGAAUCAGCCGCAGAAAGUCCCCAGCAGAAAAUCAUCUGGUUUUAGGAGAAGUUUUCGGCUCAGCAGGAAAGACAGAAAAACAAAUAAAUUUAUGUAUGAAUGUAAGAAGAGCGACCAAUACGAUAUGGCAGAUGUUCCGACCUAUGAAGAGGUGGCAUUGUAUCAACGGCCGUCUAAUGAGAAGUACAGACUGAUAGUCUUGGUUGGUCCCGUUGGGGUUGGUUUAAAUGAACUGAAGAGGAAAGUGUUGAUUAGCGAUACUCAGCAUUAUGGAGUGACUGUACCACAUACAACGCGAGGAAAAAGGAACCAAGAAUGCGAUGGCGUGGAAUACAUAUUUAUCUCAAAGCACUUGUUUGAGACUGACAUACACAACAACAAGUUUAUUGAGUACGGCGAAUAUAAAAACAAUUAUUACGGCACAAGUAUAGACUCCAUUCGGUCUGUUCUUGCAAAGAAUAAAGUUUGUUUGUUGGAUGUGCAACCACAUAGCAUAAAACACCUAAGAACCUUUGAAUUUAAGCCUUUUGUUAUAUUUAUUAAGCCUCCGUCAGUCGAACGCUUAAUAGAGACAAGGAAGAAUGCAAAAGUUAUCUCCAGCAAAGAUGACAAAGGAUCUACAACUAAAGACUUUACAGAAGAAGAUUUUGAAGAGAUGAUUCGGUCAGCACAACUGAUGGAAGUCCAAUAUGACCAUCUUUUUGAUAAAGUCAUAAUCAAUGAUGAUCUCACCACAGCAUACAACGAACUGAAAUUAACACUCGACAGGCUGGAAAGCGAGACCUGUUGGGUGCCAGUAAACUGGUUACACUCCUGAACCAGUGCAAAUCACACCAAGCAGAUUUUUAUUUUAUCUUUAUUGUUUUUAUUUUUUGAUUUGUGUACAAUUCACAGAUGUAGACCUAUAUUUGUUGGUGGGCUUUUUGGCUGCUCUGCAAGGAUCCAUUUUAAAUUCUGUUUUUAUUCUACUGGAUGGAUACUGUGUAAUACAUUUCAGAAAAACCUGAGGAUUUUAACUUUUUUUUUUUUAAAUUUCCGAACACUUCUCCGUAGGAAUGGGAAUGUGCAGGUUGGGUUAAGCAAGUUUACUUGGCAACAUUUACAUGUUUUUAUCGAUUGCACCAAUCCGUGAUUUUAUUUAUUUUUGUAAUGGUUAGUAUUAUAAGAAGAUAAUUUCAUUAGAGGGUUAGUAACGUAUUGUAGCACAUGGCACAGAUAUAGCUUUUCAAGUUAUGAUGAGGGAAACUGAUUUUAACCUCACAUCUCCGACAAUGAAAGGUUUCGAGGUACUGCUAGGUAUAUGACAUUUAGAACUGUAUCAGAAAUAUAUGGGCUGUGCAUUGAUUCAUUUUGUGGGAAAUCUGUAUCUGUGCUGGAGAAUAGUGAUAGGAGUUGAAGAUCAUAGCCAAUGACCUGCAGGUUAAGCCACUGCCACAUAGAAUUCUAACUGCAAUUCAUAUUGCUAUUUAGGCUCCUUUAGCAAUAAAGGGGGGAAAUUAAAGGGUCGUUUUUACACUGGAAUAAUACUGGUUCGAAACAUGUUUUCUCUAAUGUUUAAUACAAUGCUGUUGUUAGUUGUUACUGGUACAAAAUGAAAAUAGAAAUGUUCUCAUCCAUGUUUUUUUUUAUGUAUUUAAUGCAGUAAAGACAAAAACAAAAAACUAAAGAUAACUCACGGGUAAGGCUGGGGAAUGAAAUGUGUUAAAAAAAAAAAAAAAAAGUCUGUAGAAAAGCCGUUUUUUACAGCCUGUUGAAGGUUACAUUCUAUUCUCCGAGAUAAGCUUAUCCCUGGAAUUGACUAUUACUUACUAGAGUUCGUUUUAUCUCUCAUAAUAGAAUACAGCGCUAAGAUGAUAUUUUUAUAUAAAGGUAAUUUAUUUAAUAACUUUUAUUCUGUGGGUAACACAAGCAAAAUGAACUCGUUUUAGGACAUAGAAAGAACUAGCUCUGCCCUUUCAUAAUAGCGGAACAUCAAUGGUUUCAUGUGAAUUAUGGUGUAGUCCGUUAUAAUGCAGGCCAAGGUACCGAAGGCACGGGCCAUUGUUAUCUAAAUACACACAUUUGUUACCUUGCAACAAUUCACUGUUUAGUGAAUAAAGCUCAAAACUGUAAGGAACGUGCAUGAACGUACCUGAACUGUUAUCAAGGCUGAAAUUCCCUCACAGUAAGCGUGUUUUUAAAUUCACAGAAUAGGACAUUAAUGAUUAUACCUGUUAAUUGAUUCUGCUAAACACUGUGCACUAAAUAUUCUUUUUCUAUAAGUGAAAACAGGUCUAGACGUGCAACAGGCUCUGUUAGUAUAUAUUGGAGUUGGUGAAAUCUGUAAUGUACAGUGAGGCUUAUUAGCACUUUCAAAAGAAUAAAAUCUCAUUCAUACAUGAUGCACUCUCAUCCCACAAUCUUCUCCCAGAAUGGUGAUUGUUCUCCUUUCAGGAUGGGGUAAUCAUUGCAGCAUUAUGUUGACCUGCUCUCUGGCACUCUAAGCUCUAAGGGUUCAAUGCACUCUCAGUUUUUUGUAGGUGGCCUGGGACACGGAGGAACAAAAUUGUGUUGGUUAGUAAGUGUCCUUUUCAAAACAUGGGUU